GUCGGAUCAUAAUUCGUACCGUCCAAUCGCGAUGUUGUCUUGUCUACGGAAGCUGUUGGAGAAGAUGGUUCUCUUUCGACUGGACAAAUGGGUUGAAUCGAAUGGCAUGUUGUCAGAUACACAGUUCGGUUUCCGCAGAGGCAAAGGGACGAACGACUGUCUUGCGUUGCUUUCUUCAGAAAUUCAGCUUGCCUUUGCUCAAAAGCAGCAAAUGGGCUCAGUGUUUUUGGAUAUUAAGGGGGCUUUUGAUUCAGUUUGUGUCGAUGUUCUUUCCGACAAACUACACGAAAGUGGCCUUUCACCAAUUCUGAACAAUUUUUUGUAUAAUUUGCUGUUUGAGAAGCAGAUGAGUUUCGCUCAUGGCGACUUGACAGUUUCACGAAUAAGCUACAUGGGCCUCCCCCAGGGUUCAUGUCUAAGCCCCCUUCUUUACAACUUUUAUGUUAGAGACAUAGAUGAAUGUCUCAUGGAAAACUGCACGUUAAGGCAGCUUGCGGAUGACUGUGUUGUUUCUGUAACGGGAUCAAUAGCAGUCGAUCUGCAAGGACCACUACAGGAUACUUUGGACAAUUUGUCUACUUGGGCUCUCAAGCUGGGUAUCGAGUUCUCUCCGGAGAAAACUGAGAUGGUUGUCUUUUCUAAAAAACACAAACCGGCUAAGUUUCCGCUCGUUCUGAUGGGUAAGACAAUCACUCAUAGCAUGUCUUCACAAUACCUCGGCGUCUGGUUCGAUUCCAAAUGCACCUGGGGGAAGCACAUUGUGUAUCUGAUACAGAAAUGCCAAAAACGAAUCAACUUUAUGCGAACUAUUACCGGAACAUGGUGGGGAGCACACCCGGAAGAUCUGAUCAGGCUGUACCAAACAACCAUUCUAUCGGUUUUAGAAUACGGUAGCUUCUGUUUUCAAUCCGCGGCGAAAACACACUUGCUGAAGCUUCAACGGGUUCAGUACCGUUGCCUUCGGAUCGCGUUAGGUUGCAUGAACUCGACUCACACAAUGAGUUUAGAGGUACUUGCUGGUGUACAGCCUCUGACAGACCGCUUUGCGGAGUUGUCGUUCCGGUUCCUCAUCCGAUGCGAGGUUCUGAAUCCGUUAGUCAUAGAAAACUUCGAAAAGCUGCUCGAACAGAAUCCCCAAACUCGUUUUAUGAGUGUGUACUACUGGUACAUGACGCUGGAGGUAAGCCCAUCUCCGGUUAACACCAAUCGUGACAACUUCUCAGACUUCGACAGCUCCUUUGUGGAUUUUGAUCUCUCUAUGAGGGAUGAGAUCACCGGUAUACCGGAAUCUUUUCGUUCCAUAGGUAUUCCACAAAUUUUUGCAAGUAAGUUCGGGCAUGUUAGCGGGGCCAGACAGUUCUUCACAGAUGGUUCCAAAACCGAUGAUUCGACUGGAUUCGGUGUCUACAACGAAUUUCAUAGCGCCACCUUCAUGCUUCAAAAGCCAUGUUCGGUAUACAUUGCUGAGCUCGCGGCUAUAUACUACACCUUAGAGUACAUUCGCACUCUUCCACCUGAGCACUACUUCAUUUUUACCGACAGUCUAAGCUCUCUGGAGGCUGUUCGGUCAAUGAAACCGAUGAAGCACUCAGCGUACUUCCUGAAAGGAAUACGCCAAGUCUUGAGUGCUUUAUCCAAACGCUCAUACAUCAUCACCAUAGCUUGGGUCCCUUCACAUUGUUCAAUCCCGGGCAAUGAGAAAGCGGACUCUCUGGCUAAGGUGGGCGCUAGCGAAGGCGAUAUUUACGAGCGUCAAAUCGCCUUCGACGAAUUUUUUGCAUUGGCCCGUCAGGAGACCUUGAUCAGCUGGCAACACAAAUGGAGAGAUGGAGAGAUGGGUAGAUGGUUGCACUCCAUCAUUCCACAGGUGUCGAAGAAGCCAUGGUUCAAAGGGUUGGAUUUAGGCCGCGAUUUCAUUCGUGUGAUGUGUCGGUUGAUGUCCAACCACUAUUUGUUGAACGCACACACCUUCCGUAUUGGGCUCUCAGAAAGCAAUCUCUGUGUCUGUGGUGUGGCUUACCAGGAUAUCGAACAUGUCGUGUGGGGAUGCAAUGAGUAUCAUGAGGUCAGAUCUGAGCUGCAUGAAAUUCUCCGGGUCCGAGGAAAACAACAGAAACCCGUUAGAGAAGUGUUGGCAGGACUUGAUUUGGAAUACAUGAACCUGAUUUAUCAGUUUUUGAAACGUGUUGAUGUCAGAGUUUGAUGUAGUACGUUCCUUGUUUUCGUUGUCCGCCUUUUGGUUUUGUUGUUCGUCCCUGUCUGUCGUCACCCCCCUUCCGUUUGUCCUCUUCUUGUCGUUUUCUACCGAUAAAGUCUUUUCUUUUUGGUUCCGUUACAGAUAUGGACAAUUUGUCCCAUCAAUGUUUUAGUAUAAGUUAGCAAAUAAUUUAGUUUUAAACCCAUAAAUCCCUCCUUCCCAAUUUAAUUUUUUUUUUUCAAUCCUUAACCUCGAAACAGCCGCGAGUACUUCGGCUUCCCAAACUAACAUAGUUUUAAGGCAGUAAUAAAUUGUAAAAUGUAAAUUCAUUGUAAAAACAAAUGAUUUCGGCUCAGUUAUGCCCAUGUAUCAGGUAUCAGUAGGUCAGCUCAAGAGGCACGUUCUCCUCCAUUUGGGAAAUUUGUGCCAUCGCCAUGAAUACGAGCCUAUUCAUCAUUUACCUGAGGGAGAGCGAAGGGAGGAAUAAGGGAUGGGAUAGGGAAAGGGAAGGUAAGGGAAUAGGGUCGAUAUAAUCGCAUAAGCGUACCACAGCGGGUUCAAACAGCGCCCUGAAAAGGGCACUGUAGAAAACGCAUAAAGCGUAAAGUAAGCCUAUAGCUACUUGCCACAACGGGUUCAGAACAACAGAACAUCCUGAAGAGUCAGGCUUCUUAGGUCAGUUUCACUUAAUCAAGUGUUUACCGAGUACUCGGAAACGCAGUUGCGUAAAAACUGGGUAGUUACAUAUCAAAUGAUUCAAGGUUCCACAGUCGGAUUUUCAGCUAAGAUAUACAAAUGAAGCAGCCUGUUGAGGCUUGUGAUGGACAAAAUCAUAAGUAGGAAAACCACAUUGAGUUAUCUCAAUAGGAGACAAUCAGUGAAGUACUAGAUUGAAAGUAGUGAGCUGGAUUUCUGUAUGGUGAGAUGAUCAAUUCUCCAUUUCUGCAAUGAAAUGGUGCAAACAGCGUGGGUUAUAUGAUUUAUUGACUAAUUUGAUGCUGUUUGAGCAAAAGUUUGAAUAACUGUGUUGUUGUAUUAUUUUUUUCCUGCAACUUCAACAACACAGUUAUUCAAACUUUUGCUCAAACAGCAUCAAAUUAGUCAAUAAAUCAUAUAACCCACGCUGUUUGCACCAUUUCAUUGCAGAAAUGGAGAAUUGAUCAUCUCGCCAUACAAAAAUCCAGCUCACUACUUUCAAUCUAGUACUUCACUGAUUGUCUCCUAUUGCGUUUCUGCUACGAGAUUCCUCAAAAGUUAUGGCAAGACUCCCGCAUGGGGGCAUCCACAAACACUCAAUUUCCUAAUCGCUGCUUGACGUAAUGCCGAGAAGAGAUGUUGGUUUUUGAGCAUUUGGUAAAUCCAAUUGGAAAUCAUUGAAAGAUAAAUAGGACAAUCCAUGCGGCUUUCAAUAUGGAAUCGAAAGGUUCGUGUUCAAAAGUAUCCUGGAAAUCCGAGAAAACACCCAAACAAAAUUAUUUUUGAAUGAAUGCGUUUCCGAUAUCGUAAACAAUAUUGUGUAAACAAAUCACAGUGGACUUUCCAUUUUGGUAAGCAUGUUGGUUCCCAUGGAGAGGCAUGUUUGCUAGAAAAACAUCACGGGUGUGAUGCUCGACAAAGCGUGCAAAGAAAGAGGUCAAAUUGAUAGAUUUGAUCUUCAUACGAAGACA